AUGGCCUUCAACUUUCUAUUAGCUUCUCUUUCAAUCUUGGUUUUCUCAUGGAGCUCUCAUGCCGAUAUGAUAGCCGAUAUUUGUGCCCAAUCAAGCUCACAAGCAAUUAGCCCCACUACCUGCGCCCGAUAUAUAAGAUCGGACCCACACUCCCACGGGGCUGAUUUAGGCACCUUAGGGCAAAUUUCAAUCAAGAUAGCCAAAGUCGCACUUAAAAACACUGCGACUGUGGCCAAGUCGAUCAGAGACCUCAACAACACGGGCGAGAUCAGUUAUUGCGUGAGAUUGUGCAGCAGCGCCAUUGACGACCUGAACACUGUCGCUGAAACACUCAAGCAUAUGACCAAGAGGGACAAGGACGAUAUGCCGAUCAUGCUCUCGGGAAUUGUAUCGGAUGUCGGAUGGUGCGAUAAUAACUUUGAGAUGAACCCCGGUGACCGGAUGCCGGCUGACUUGAAGGAAGCCAGCAAGAUUGCUCAAGGCCUCAUCCUUGUUGUUCUUAUCAUUGCAGGCAUGCUGUAA